GGAUGGCACUGCGGAGCGCCUCGCGUCUCUGCCAGGAUAGCUGUCUGAGCCCGGGAUUUUGGUGCGGUUCUUGCAGGCGCAGGAAGGCGGCUCAGCCCGCUCCGGUGGAUGUGGCAUGUGGAUGGCUCCGGCUCCGCUCGUGACGGAGCUCUCCACUGAAGAUGGAUGAUUUAGCUCUCCUUGACCUGUUGGAGUGUCCUGUGUGCUUUGAAAAGCUCGAUGCCACAGCGAAGGUGCUACCGUGCCAGCACACUUUCUGCAAACCCUGUCUGCAGAGGAUCCUGAAAUCCCAGAAGGAGCUCCGGUGCCCCGAGUGCAGGACCCUCGUCCUCUGCAGCAUCGAGCAGCUGCCCUCCAACCUGCUCCUCAUUCGCCUCCUGGAUGGAGUCCGGUGUGGACAAAACGUUACCAGGUUUGGCUCGAUCCAGAGGUCAGGGGUCCUGUCCUCCCCUGCCUCCCUCAGGAGAGUCCCCAGGGCACUGCAACUUCAUCAGCACCGGCUGGCGACAAAUCCCAGGAUCCACAUGGAAGGGGUCCCGCGAGCCAAGGCCCUGUACACCUACCGAGGGCACAACCCCGGGGAGCUGAGGUUCAACAAGGGGGACAUCAUCGUGCUGCUCCGACAGCUGGAUGAGAACUGGUAUCUGGGGGAGGUCAACGGGAUCAGCGGCGUCUUCCCAGCCAGCUCCGUGCAAGUCAUCAAGCACCUUCCCCUGCCCCCGCCCCUGGGCAGAGCACUCUACAGCCUUGACCUGAGGAGCAGGGACAAGACCGAGAACAAGGACUGCCUGACCUUCCAUAAGCCAAACACCACUGCAAGGCAACUCCUGCAGACCAGCAAAAGCCACUGGUCCCCUCAGUUUAAGUGCACGUCCCUACGAACGGCGUCUCCCAAAGCAAAGGGCGCGGACUCACCAGCGUUCCCCAAGGUGCCCGACUCCAGGAGGAAGAGCCUGCGGCAGUUCUCCAUCACCACCGCCCUGAACACCCUCAACAGGAUGGUCCACGCGCCUGCCGAGCGGCAGGCGCUGGAGAUCAGCUCCCCCGUCCUCAUCAGCUCCAGCAACCCCACCGUGGCCACCCAGAGCAGCGAGAAAGCGGAGUUUCCUUACGGCACCCCUCUCCAGGUCAGUGCAUCUUACUACCCCGUGCCAGGAUCACUGGGGCACUCGGCAGCCAUUGUCACUCUUCCCCACCUGCAGCACCACGUCUCAGCUUACAUGUGCGUGGCUCUCCAUUCCUACGUGGCUCAUGGACCAGACGAGCUGGAGCUGCAGAAGGGAGAAGGAGUCCGCGUCUUUGGCAAAGACCACGACGGCUGGCUGCGGGGCAUGUCCCUUGUCACGGGGAGAGUGGGGAUCUUCCCCAGCAACUACGUCGCUCCCCUCUUCAGGAAAUCCAACCUCUCUGACUCGAAGAUGCCUUCUCUGUACGCCUCAUGGACGCUAUCGACCUCCUCACUCUCCUCCCAGGGGAGCAUCUCAGAAAACGGCCCCAGACAAAGCAGACCGCUGAAGCCGGCGCUGCUGCCCGUGCCCGUCCCCUCGCCCGGCAGGAGCGCGGCCGCCUCGGGACAGGCAUCGCUGCGGCGCGGACGGGGCAGCACAAGGAAGAACGGAUCCCUGCAGCGGCCGGGGCAGGCAGGGACCCCCGUGCAGGUUGCCGGCUCCCUCAGGCGUCCUCCCACGGCCGCGGGACGACCUCAGCAAUUUCAGCUUUAUCAGCACGCCAGCCCCCAGCCGCACAGCAUCCCUCCUGGUGCCGGCAUGGCCGAGGCAGCAACGAGACCAAACUUCUCCCACGACGCUUCACCAGCACUUGUGGUCCGAGGAGGAGAAACCAGAACUCCCUCUGUGUGCAGCUCAGUGAUCCUGGAUGCCAAAGACCCUCCAGCAAAGAGCGAGGCAGCUCCAAAGCCACCGGCAUCAGCCCCGCCAUCCAUCCUGGUGAAGCCAGACACCUCCCGCAACAACGCCGAGAAGCAAGUGAAGACGGUGAGGUUCCAGAACCACAGCCCGCCGCCGCCCAAGCGGCACAGCCUGCAGCCCUCCCCAAGCCUGCUGCGCAGCAGGACGGAGCCGGCGGCCUCGGCGGAGGCUCUCCUGCCAGAAGCUAUCCUGCCGGGCCCCGAGCUGGCCCUGCUCUACUCGCCCAGGCCCAGCUCCAGCCCCCUGCACCAGCGACGGGCGCUGCACCCCAAGGCGCUGUCGCUGGACCUCUCCGGGCAGCUCACCUUCCCCGUCAAGAAGAACUACAGCAGCAUUUCCGCAAACUGACAGGGUAACUCCUCCGCUCACUUCCCUUCACGCGAGCUCCUCUCCUCCCUCCUGCGAGGGGCGAGCACCCCGCACCCCCGCCAGCCUGCCACCUCCACCGCUCCCCUCCCGCGGCGAGGGACAGGUAUUCCCCACAUCUCCAUGCCACCGGCGCCCUCGGGACCUGCAAGUCUGAGGCUUGCAGAGAACUGGGGGAGCUCCCAAGGGAGCGGGAGGGGACAGGGCAGCACCUAUCCCUGCACGGAGCCCUGUCCCGGCCCUGCUGUGCCAAGCGCGGCUGGAGGAGCCCCACUGCCCCCAGGGCAGCUGCCAGAGACACGAACGGUGUUUGUGGCAUCCACAAAACCGAUGUUCUCUGGUGCCGCGUAAGGCUGGCUGUGUGGUACUGGAAAAGGAGCGGGAGGGGGAAGAGAGCGUGAGGUAUAAGAAAUAGUUAAGCUUGUUUUGAUCUCCUCACUGCUGCAGGAAAGCCCACAGAGAUCAAAACACUGGUUCAUUACUUUCCUGCUUCUGCAGGAUAAAGAAACCAUAAAUCAAAAUCAGUCAGUUCCUCGCUGACGGUUCCUGUUGCCUUUUGAGGGGGGUUCACUCAGAUUUUUUUGUUAGGUUGGUUGGCUGCUUGCUUUUCUGUUUGGUAUUAGUCCAGGAGUUUUAACACAGACUACAGUUUAAAAGGUGAUUUGGAGAGGAAAGGGCCAAUGGAAAGGGACCUGCCAUUACCGCAGUCACUUAGACUCUGCAGACAGCGGGAUUGAAUCUUGGUUCUCCUCAUUGCUUGGUUUCCUCUAAUUACCUGUCAGGUACCUCCUAGCAGUCCAGGAGCUCACUCCAGCUCCUUCCCACCGCCCACCCUUUCAGAUACUGCUUUUGUAAAUAUCCUAAGCGGAAUUCAUGGGUUUAAGUCUACAUUAAGAUGCAUGAAACAUUGUCUAUGUAACAGAAAGCAGAAUUCAGCGUUCACCGUGCCGCAGACCACCCCUGCGCCGCGGCAGCACCAGCUGAUUUUCGGCAGACCCCGUUUCCUCCUGUGACCCCGGGGAAAAGCUGGCAGGGUCAGAGCUGUGCCCAGCUUACCAGCUGGGACCAGUCUCCAGCAGACCCAGGCACAACAGCUUUUGGUUUUCAUACUUUGUUUUUAUUGCCAGUUUAUAGACCAGCAAUUCCCAUCCCAGCCACAACCACCGACCGCCAGAUCUCCUAACAGCGGUAGCUGUGCUUCUUCCAGAACUGCUGUAAAAUCACAUCCUUGGUUAAUCACACGCAAAACCAUGAAAUUAUCUCCACUGGUCAACAGAAACUCUCCGAGGCACCGGCACAGCCUCAGAGGACGUUUUCUUCUGGAACUAAGAAAAUGGAAUGCAUAAAAUCAUUUACUAGUCUACAGCCCCUGUUCUUUUACUCUUUCAGACUUUCUCUGUUUGUGGAGCAGGAAGCUGGCAUCUGCCUGCAGGACUUUCAGUAGCACAGAAACCACCAAUGGCACAGAUAAGUUCUUCACCUUGUGCGCUCCGUCACUAUUUAAGGUCCUGCAGAAAAAUCCCGGCAAACUGAAAGUGUGCAUUUUGCCCAGGUAUAAAAGGGGUGCAUGCUGCAAAUAAGAGGGUGAACAUGACUCUCAGCAAUGCCACCUCAGAGGCAGUUGAACAUCUCACAGAAGACAUGCCGGUGCUUGCUGAAGGCUCCUCUUAUCCCUUUGAAACUAAACCAGAAAACUUCAUAAGAUGUCUCUAUAACCAAGACGACCUCCACUUCUCCCAAGCACAUUCGGAAAUAAAUAGAAUUGCAUUAGGUAUGUCCAGGACCAGCUUGGGUGGUUUAUCGUGCUGGUUUGGAGGGGAAAGAGGCGCUGCCUGCUCACACCUGGCUCCAGAUGAUCGCUCUGUGUGUUAAUGAAAGGACAGACGGCUUGGUAUGACCUAAUCUGCAAUCUGCUGACGAAGCAUCUAAUGCAUUUCAACAGCUGACCUCCUGUGAGACGCACAGAAGAUGGUGGCAUGGGUGGCUGGAGCUACACGAGAAUUAAUUAUGGAGAUUAAUUGCUGUCAAAGAAGGAGCAGUAGGAAGCAUGAAGCCCAUUUGAAUACUUGGCGGGGUCGGGCUGCGUAGGGAAGGAAGGAAGAGGAACUUCUGUGUUUUACUGCCCCAGACACGCCUGUCCUCAUCUCCUGCCAAUAUAACAGAGCCAAGGUCUAACGGGACCACUGUGGUCGCACCGUUUGCUGAGCAGGGGGACGGACGCGGCUGGAGCAGGGUGGGCUGUGCCAGGGAGGGGACGGGCCGAUCCCUGCACUCACCACAGCUGAUGCCAAUCCCGAGCUCUUACACACCCCAGCGAGAGGCAGCCGUGACCCCCGGCUCCAGCACAGCUCAGUGUCCCUGGAGAGCAGGAAUGAGAUGAUGGGCCAGGGACUCUGCAGCAGCUCCAAUCAAAGAUCUUCCCUUGUUAUCAGCAAUUAACCCUGCCCUGCAGACCCUGUUGCCUGUUUCAUCAGGGCUCAGGAGGAGCGUUGCUCCAGACCAGGGAGCACAGCAAUAACUGCCAACACUCAGGAGGGAGCUCAGGGCAAUCUGCAUGCAAAGAGGCAUUUGAAGAUGAGGAGCAAAAAGAAAACAACAAACCAUAACUCACCAGGGGCUUCAGGCAGACGUACACUGAAGUAAGUCACCUUGUAAAUUUAAUCUACAAGUGGGGCAGGUUUUCCCACGAGAGGCAGGCGUGCGAGGCCAGGCAGCAAGGAAGAAAUUAAAGUUCAGUUUGGGGCUGCAAAAUGUAAAGCUCAGAGAGCAACAGAGAGGAGCGACCGCAGCUCUGUUUCUCACCCCUUGGUCCUGCCACCAAAGCCCAGACAAGAGCAAAGACGGCACCUCCUCUGGCCUGACUUAUCAGAUGCGCUAAUCUUCAGGGGACACCAGGAGCAUCAGGAGAUGCCAGAGGUGCUCAGCACACCUUAAGAAUUAAUAAGCCAUAAAGUUUUUCUGCACAUCUGGGCUCACAACCACCAGAUACCUCUCGUAUGAUCAGUUCAGAAUAUUGCCUUUCAUGGAACAAAUCCACCCUUUUAUCCUCAUAUCAAGAUAAACAGCAAUAAGGUUUCAUAGCACCCAUGCACACAGGGAAGCCUGCAAAACUGUUCAGCCCCAUUAAAUGACACUGAAGACUUAAGACAAACAUACCAAAAUGCAAAAAAGCACCACAAAUCUCUCCCGGACUUGGCCCUUAACCCACUGCGUUACAACAAGUGACAGCAUUGGGCUGGUGGGGACAGGGAAGGCUCUGAGACUCCUGCAUACGCACAGUCACGGGCUGCGGCGGGGAAAGGAAGCGCCAACAGUGACACUGGUGCUUUGGUAAAAGAGCAGGCAGCUAUUUUGGGAUAGAUCUCUCAGAGUUUCUUGCAUAGGAUAUUUCAGUGUUUUGAUGCUAUGGUGAUAAGUGCCCUAAAUAUAUUCAAAAUAUGUAGGGAGAGGGAACUGAAAACAGGAGACAUUUUAAAGCAACAGCUCUAAUAAGCAUCUUGUUCCCAUAGCCAUACCUGCCCACUGGUUCCACGCUGCAGCCCACCGAGCAAAAUCCCUCAGUGCUCCUCAUCUUCUCCGCUCCUCCCCUGGCUACACCUAGGAGGAAGCAUCCGGACUGCACUAUCUCACCAAGGAGCAUCCCAAGGAAGAGGGACUAGAACUCACUGGAACUCAGACCUUUCUCUUCCAAAAGCCCAGCCUAAAGCAGAAGCUCCUGUAGGAGCCAACAGGGAGCUUUGUCACGAGCCCCGAGCAAGGCAGUGCCCAACAAGUGGCCCUUGUCUACACAGAGAAGCCAAUCAUUCUGGGGGAGACAUCGACCGGGUCUGCUGGGGAGUGAUUCUCUGUGCCCCAGACUAAAAACCGCUGUUCUGGAACAGUGACUCCAAUGCCUUGACUCUGCAAGCAGAACCACCCACCGGGUUCUUGGAGCAUGAGCAAACAGCAUUUUUUGUUUGAGCUCUGGGCUGCUGACCUGAAGGACGCUGCACCUUCCGUGAAGAUCUGCUCCAAACCGUGUCCAUCUCUGGCUGCUGUCAUCCCAUUUUUACUUCUUUUUUUUUUUUUUCUUUUAAUUGGUAGCAAUGAAAACAGAGGCAUCACAUGUUGGUAGGAGGGUGGUAGCUCUACAUGGAGGUGGGCGAGCUCUUCAAGGGUUUCUGUUCUUUUUAUAAAUAUAUUUAACUUUCCUCCUCUCUUCCCAUCCUCCAGACUCUCUUCAGCCCCAUUUCCUCAGGGAACAGAGGUUAGACAUCAGUACUGGGACCCUGUUCUGUCAUUCCUGAGUUGGCCAGGAGGGUUCACGGGGGAAGGCCACCCCUUUUCCCCCAAGGAUGUCUCCGUUCUGCACUCUCAGUGGUACGGAGAGCCUGGCCUGAGCCCUGGCCCAAGCCUGCAGUCUCCUGUUUUACCACAAACCAGCACGGGAAGCACAGAGUGCAAAGAAAACAACAUUAGGAAAGGCAAAAUACAAUUGCAGGUGUACUGCAGCGUAAUGCAUUUCUAUAAUGAAAAUAUAUUGUUCUCUGCCUACCCGGUUCAGGGGCAGGCGGGCUCCCCGCACCCGAGCGUCGCGUCUGUCAGCGGAGCGCAGGAGAGGAGCUCUGGAACAGCGCACAAAGCGGCACACGGGGACAGAGGGACCGUUAAUGAACCUCUCACAAGUUCUUGAAUUGGCCUUAUUUUCUAUCUGCUCAUUUCUUAUGAUUAGUUAAUGAAUUGGAGCCCGAAUCAGAUCAUUCAUCAGCUCAGCUCUAAUUGCCUGCCCAGCCUGGCAGGAACCUUGGAGUGCUUCAGUAAGUAACCUGCCCCCCGAGCCUGAACUGCAGUCAUGCUUCCUGAUAGAUUACGACAGGGGCAGCAGAGGUAAGAAAACAUAACAUUAACUAAGUCUCUCCACGUCCUUCACGCGGAGGGUGCCGCCCUGCCCCAGCCAGAAGCAGCUCGUCUCAGAGCCCCCGACCCCAGAGCCGGGCCCAUGGGGGACCCUCCCACAAGGAAGGUCGAAGUGAGGAUGUGCAGCCUCAGGAGGGAAUUCUGCAAGGCUGGCUCAGAUGGCAGCCGGCCUCGCUGGCAGAGUGCUCUCCUCGGAGCCGGAGAGCCAUAGCCAGGCUGGGGUCCGUAGAAGGCCCCCGGGGUCCAUCCCUACCCUCCAAUAGAGGGAUCUAAUGAUCCCUUGGGCAGAAAACAUAAGUCAUACACCAGAGGAUGCUGCGGCCACACAAAGCAUUUAUCAUCACGCGUGGUCGGGUGCCACCAACAACUGCAUCGCCACAGCAGGGCCGGCCAGGCGGGAUUCGGGCACGGGCAUCUCCGGAUCCCCAGAGCGCAGUGGUGCUGGGGGAGGCUCAGCCCCCAAGAGACCUGGCUCGGCUCCGACUGCUUUCAGCUUCCAGUCACUGCGUCUUUGACGGUCGUUCUCAAGAGUUUCUCCUACAGCCACGAGGGCACCUCUUUUUACAUGAAAGUCAAGGAGAUUUUUUUUUUUAAACAUGACCACAUGAUUCCAAGAACCUGGGGCUUUAGACAAAGAAAAUAUCCCAAUCCUGAUAAGCUAGUGAAAGACCACAGUGUGCGGGACACCAGAUAUUUGCUUCUUCCACUCUCCCAACCACCCUGCUCUGCCCUUGGUAAAGGCCCAUUUUCCAAAACUAGCAUUAGAAAAACACCUUUAAAGUUGUAGUGCAUCCAGGCUUCUAAUCCACACUAAAGUCUUAGUCACCAGGUGUUUUAACGAACACUUAUUUCCAAGCAUUUUAUUUCCUGACUUCAUCCUCUUCAAUUUUUCCUAAGCCACCAAAGCAAAACAAGAACUGUUAAAACACCACAGAUCUCCUCUAGAUUCGGAAAACCCAAGAAAUCAGCUUGAGAAAAAAGAUCUCUGCAGGAAGAGGCAGCCCUCAGCACCGAGCCCCGUCUUCCCCGGCUCCAGGAAAGGGCAACGCUAACGCUGGCUGCAAAGCCAUGUGGGAAACACCGGAGCAACCCAGGAACAUGUCAAUUCAUGUGUACAUUUAUCAUUAUUUUAGGAGGUUUAUUCCUUGCCCAAUAGUUAUUGCCGUUCAUUUGUGCAACUACAUCUUUUAGUGUAAUAAUAGCUACAGACUUUAAGUUUUUCAGGUUUUUUUGCCUUGUCUCAGUAUCUCCCCCAUUGGAAAAGUAACAUUUCAAAAACAUUCAUAAAAAUCAGUGUUUAGAACCCAAAACCGUCCAGGUGAAGCGAUGGGGACUCACCAGGGAGGUCAGUGCUGGUCACUUUGUCCCUGUUUCCAAUGGGAAGUUGUGACCGGAUCAGGAACCGCUCUGAGGGCUGGCACACAGGAUAUGGAGCCGCGGUCAGGCAGGUGAAGACAAUACGGGUAAUAAAAGUGGAAAAAAGAUCUAUUUAUACCAAAGUUGCAACCGAAAGAAAAUUUAAAGGCAGUAGGGAUCAACUAAAGGUAGUUUACCUUGAUCCCCUGCACAACAGACCAGGGAAUUUUGUUGUCUUCUUUCUGCACUGAGCCCAGGAAACAUUAUCAUAAAAUGCUACAGCCACUUUACUAUAAAUGAGAAAACAGAAAUGACUAUUUUUACAUGUAUAUGCUUAGAAACAGUAAGAUAUAUAAUCUUCUCUUAUUUGGUGAUGGGUAGGAGAAAUAAAUAAAAUACCUACAUUUAGUUUAUUGUUCAGAGACACUUGUACAAAUCCAGUGAUGCUUAAUAUUUUUUCCACGAUGUGAAGUUCAUUUUUUUUAAAAAGGUUUUUCAAUUUAACAUACUAUUAGGGAGAAGAGAGGUCAAUAAACAAAAAGAUAUUAAUUUGCCAUUUUGUAUUAAUCCUCAAGAUAUUUAUUUUGUAUUUCUGUAACUGAAAAACAAUGGUUUAAAAAUAUUUUAAGUUUUCAGAAGUUUAUUCAUCUAAGUUUAUAGCACUAAUGUUUAGAUCUGUAGCCUGUAGAUUAAUUAAAUUAAUUGGAGCCGAAUGGAUUAUGGCAUCUUACAGACUGUCAGUGAGGGGCAGGACGGAGCUGCAUCCCACGGGUGCUCCCGAGGGAGCUGGUGGGGGGUCACCCGGGGGGACACAGGGCUUGGGAAAGCUGUCAGCGCCCAACGCGGGCCGUUUAUCCGCCCUGCGCGGCACCCACCCCGUGGAAGCUACUGUGUUACCAUUAAAACUUUUUGCAUGAAAAAAACAGGAAAGUUUAUUUUCACUGUCUUAUUUCGCGUUGCAGUUUCGCAGUCGGGA